UUCUACUAGUUACUAUCUUGAAAUGGAUCCUAACUCUCUUCAACCACUCGAUUCUAUGAAAAUCGAAAACCAAUAUGAACCAGAUUCGUUGUUCGACAUGCUAGAAAGGUUGCCUCCGCUAGAGUCUCUGCUAGAUACCGAGUAUCUAAGACCAGAUCCAGGGUUGCAUUUUGAGUAUCAGUACAAUAGCUUUGAAGAUUUCUUCGAGAACAUUGAAGUGAAUAACACAAUAUCAUCUGAUAUUCUCAUGUUAACUCAAGAACCUUACUUCUCAAGUGACUCCUCUUCACCAUUGGUUGUCCAAAACAACCACUGUCCAAGUACCAACGAGAGACGUGAAAAGAAAGCCCCAAAGAAGAGGAACACUAGGGCAAAGAGACAGGACAAGUUGGAGUUGUCCGAGAUCAGAAAGUACUUUGAUAGACCAAUAAUGAAAGCGGCAAAAGAACUUAACGUUGGUCUUACGGUAUUGAAGAAGCGUUGCAGAGAACUUGAAAUUUACCGGUGGCCUCACCGGAAGCUCAAGAGUCUCAACUCUCUCAUUAGUAAUCUCAAGGGUGUUGGCAUGGAUGAAGAAGUGAAGAAUUUGGAGGAACAUAGGGUUCUUAUAGAGCAAGAACCUGAUGCUGAGCUUACUGAUGGGACAAAGAAGCUGAGGCAAGCUUGUUUCAAAGCCAAGUACAAGAGAAAGAAAUCACUUGCCAAUGAUGGUUACUAUUGAGCCUGUUUUAGAGUUUAAUUUCUCCACAAUUCUAAUUCAUGUUUUCAUUUUAUUUAGACUGGUGUUUUUUUCUUUUAGUGACCCAGUUGGUCAAAUCUAGGAAAUCUAGGGUUUUUUUGGGUCAGAAGAAUAUCUAGGGAUCGGAUCAUUCUUUUGGUAAUUAGAGCCAUUUACAUGAUGAACUAAAACGCGUUUAUCAAUUAUUUUGUUGAAUGAAAUUAAGUUCGGUGA